AGACCUAGAGUGCAUCAGCUGAUCUAUUGUACAGUAAUUGUUUAUUCUGUCCAUUCCAGUUCCACAGUAAAUGGAGCUAAACCACAGAAGUGUAAUCUUUCAUUCAAGUAUAAACCACCUCAGUUUAACUUCCGCUAACCACAGGAUAGGACUGGACAGAUAAAACAGAGUUGAUUAAUGAGAACCAAGGUUCUGAUUCUCUUCACCUUCCUAGUGCAGUAGUGUAAUUCUUCAUCUGAAUACCAUGAUACACAGCCUUCUUUUAUUUUAGUUUUAACCACUGAGAAUAUGAAUCUCAGUUGUCGUGAACCUUGAUUAUUAAUUUUUACUAGUGCAGAGAGGGUGUAAAAGGAAUCUAUUUUGGUCUGGUAGUGUUUUAUACCUACCAUGUAUGCCUAGGGCCCUGAUAGAAAUGACUGAACAAGAUGUGAGUCAAUGAAUAAUAAAACCUAAAAACAUAUUAACACUAAGUGAAGGUACCUAUGGUUUUGUCACCUGCUGACAGCAGCAGUUGUAUUUAUUGUUUGUAGAACGUAAAAGGAGCCUGAAAUUUAUUAUGAAAUAAACAAUGCCGACCAAAUGUACUAGUACCAUCAGAGUCUGAACCCUGCCCCCAGCCACAAGAAAACAAAGUGUCUUUACCUUUUGACAUUAGUCAAAACUGAAACAUUUCCUAUGAUAGAGGAAAUCAUCAUAACCACAUAGCUUAGAAAUUAAUAUGAAGCUACAGCAUACAUGAAGAAGGGGGGCGGGGGGCUGGGGGACUGGUCUGCAGCCAGUCCAGAAUAGAAAGUCUUUGCUCAUUAGUAAUUUGGAAGAAAACUAGUAACGAAGAACAAGACUACCCAUUUGCCAACCCUCCCCCCGCCCCCCAAAAAAACAAACAAACCCCAAAACCCCCCAACAAAAACCACACCCAGCCAAGCAGAAUGAUUUUCAGAGUUUAGCAACAAAACAAAAAUCUUUGUAAAACAGCAACUGCAGGGGGUUUCAUGUUCUCUUCUGUAGAGGAGUGGGCCCUUAAGCACAUUUUUGGCCCACUGCUUUACUAGCUUCUUCUCCUCUGUCACCCAACACAGACUAGGAUCAAAUUAGACACCCUGGCCCUUCUAAAACAAAAAACAAAGAGAAAAUGCCCAGACAUCCUUUAAUCUUCACUAAGAAAAAGUAAACUCUGAAGAGGACCUUGUUCAUUCAACUGUCAAAGAGUUGCUGAAAUUUCACAGGAUAUGAAGAUGGUGGGUUGGAAAUCAAGAGAAGGAUUUGAACCCAGACGUUUAUUGUCAUUCUCUUCGUUUCAUUGUAGUGGUUGUAUUUGUAAAACUUCCUUUAAAAAUAAUUGCCCACAAAGAUGGAUCUGGGGAACAAACUAAUCAUCACAGGCAGGAAUAAUGAAUAAUCUAAAGGAAUUUCGUUAGCCCCACAGGUAUGCAGAGUAUCGGUAAUGACAGCUAGUCAUGGCAGACAGGUGUGAAGAGUUCAGGGCCUGCACAUGAAUACUGAAUUUGUUGGAUCUGGUGCUCUUCCAUCAAAUCAUACAGUAAAGAAAAUAGCCUGUCCUCUUAGUUUCCUUCCAGAGAGGUGAUAACUGCAGGACACUGGCAAGAUGAAAGGGGACACAGCUUCCUUCCCUUGUUGAUUUCAUUCUGGCAUGAUGCUGUCAGGGCAUCCUGCCCCAUUGCUCCACCACCUUAUUGGCAGUUCAGUAGGGAAGCUUUUGGGAGAGUGCAAAUGAGCAGCUGUUGGAAUGGCAAGCUGUGCUCAUAAAAUGUAGAAGAUUGUAUUUCAGAGCUGGGAACAGAGACUCUGGAGAGGGGGAGGGAGGGGAAGGAAGCCAGCCAGAAGGGAAGUGCAGCAAGGGGUCUCUUUUAAAAGAUUUAUUUUGGGAACAGGGAGAUAUGAGGGGCAGAGGUUGAUGGAUACUCUCAACAGCUGUUCUUCCUGGGCAGGAUGGAGGUUAUAAAGAGAAGGGACCCCCCUGCAUCUUUAUUACUCUAAGUUGCUUGAAAUUUCAUUCAUACAGUAAGAGAAUCAUCUUCAGGCCUUUGAUGUAGACACCAGCUCUCCAGAUGUUGAUAGCAGAAGAUGUUUCCCCAGUUGUUGAAGGAGCACUCUCCAGGGACCACAGAGAAAGCCAUGUGUUCACAACAGAGCAAGUUCUGAAGUGCUUGACUCAGUUUAAGGGAAGGAUCACGUACACAAAUUCCUUCCCACCUCUGCUGUUACUGCAUCACAGCAGUUGUUGUCAGGUGACAGGAAGCACACUCGAUGCACUGCAGCACUGUCUCUCCUUCUCCUUCCCUAGGUUGUUCAUUUCCCUCUUCUUGUCUAGGGCCUUUGCUUUGUUCCAUUCUACUGGAAUAACACAAAGCAGUUGAACCAAACCAUCCCUCUGUUUCAGUGUGUAGGUACAUCAGGCCUGAAACUGGCCACUUGAAUUUAAGAUCUGAAAUGACAGAAAGACCAGAAAGGCCAUAGGGAAAUGCUGAGGAUUCUCCCACAAGUGCACCUGAUAAAAGCCCAUUUGGGAAAGGAAGGUAAGUUUCCUAUUGGGAACAUGCACUACAGUGAAAACAAGGCCUCCAGCAUUCUAGUGUGCCUCAAAACUGACCUGACGGGCUGAGAAAGUGGUUAGAGGGACAGUUAUUGGCCCUCCUUGUCCUCUCCACAGAAAAAGUGUGGAAGUUUGUUACUUAUUCCCAGUUGUGGCUUGUGGCACAAUAUGCUCAUUCUCUGAACUAUAUUAUAAUAGUCCAUUGACUUCAGUUGAAUUACUCCUGAUUUGCAGUACUAAGUAAAAGCAGAACCAGACCUACAGUUCUUAUCUUGAGAUGCACAGAGUCUAAACAGCCUGGCCAAACAAGGGAUGGUUUACAGUCCACUUUUUUAAACAUGUUUAGUAAGCAGUGUGUGACAGUAGUUUUGGUUGCCAUGGAUAGCAUUUGUGGACAUGGCAGAAGGAAUGAGUCUAUUAAAUUGUGAAUUGGCAGUUGUAAGCAUCAGCAUUAGCUAAAAUGCUUUUCCUACAGCGCAAGGGAAUUGUUUUCAGGGACUUGAUGUAGCCCGUACACUCUCGGCAAUUCCCUUGAGAGUGAAGAGAUGCUUUAUUGACUGUGGGUCAUCAAAGGGCAAAAAGGAGGGAAGAAUGCUUUGUGCUUGUGUGAUAUAGCCCAUUUUAGAUUUCUGUGCAGAUACUGGAGGAAAUGACAAUGAUUAGAUGGAUUCAAUCUCAGUGGAUAUUUCCUUGGAUCAACAUUUUGUAUAAUCUUGGAAUCUAAUUAAAACUCCUACCAUAUGAAAAAUACUGACCUAUCAAAAGUCAGUCUUAAAUUGGUUUAUUUCAAACUACCAGUAUUCUAAUUGUCAACCCUUACACUUCUUAUUUUUGUCUCUCUGCAAGGUAAAGCAUCACCCACAUGAUAAGGAAACACUGGAAGAUUGGAACAUACACUCUCUCAAUAGCUGCAGAGCAUCAGGGGCUGAAGAAGACCUUCUUUAUUCUCCUUCAAAGGGGAGGGCCUUUCUGAUGACAGUCUUGGACUCUUCCAUUACUCCUCAUGGAUAAAGGGCACGCUUUACCCCAGGAUUUCCGGGAACUGUUACAUUGUUUGAGAAUGAGGAGCAAGUAUGCCAUUCUACUCGUGUUUGUGGUAGCUCUUGUCAUUAUUGAGAAGGAAAAUAAUAUCAUAUCAAGAGUAUCAGACAAGCUGAAGCAAACCCCACAAUCACUGAUGGAGGCAAACAGCACAGACCCUGGCUUAGUGCUAGCAGAAAAUGGGUCCCUCUUAUCCCUCAGUGAGCUGGACUCUGCCUUCUCUCAGAUCAGAAACCGGCUUCUGAAUGUUACCCUGCAGCUAGGAGGGAACAGGGAGCCUGCUGUGGCCCCUGCCAAGGGGCCCCGGAGACAUGUACUGCUCAUGGCCACCACCCGCACAGGCUCCUCCUUUGUGGGCGAGUUCUUCAACCAACAAGGCAACAUUUUCUACCUCUUUGAGCCACUCUGGCACAUCGAGAGGACAGUGUCCUUUGAACCUGGUGGUGCAAAUGCUGUGGGGUCGGCCCUUGUCUACAGAGAUGUCUUGAAGCAGCUGUUUCUCUGUGACCUCUACAUCCUGGAGAACUUCAUCAGCCCACUCCCUGAGGAUCACCUGACACAGUAUAUGUUCCGGCGAGGCUCAAGCCGCUCAUUGUGCGAAGAGCCUGUAUGCACCCCUUAUGUCAAGAAGGUCUUUGAGAAGUACCACUGCAAGAACCGUCAGUGCGGCCCCCUGAAUGUGACCCUUGCAGCGGAGGCCUGCCUACGCAAGGACCACAUGGCUCUCAAAGCUGUGCGAAUACGGCAGCUGGAGUUCUUACAGCCAUUGGUUGAAGAUCCUCGCCUAGACAUGAGGAUCAUCCAGCUGGUGCGAGACCCACGGGCGGUGCUGGCUUCACGCAUGGUUGCCUUCUCGGGCAAGUAUGAGACCUGGAAGAAAUGGGCUUCAGAAGGAGCAGCUCCCCUCAAUGAGGAUGAGGUGCAGCGACUGCGAGGGAACUGCGAGAAUAUCCGUCUCUCAGCUGAACUUGGCCUGAGGCAGCCUGCAUGGCUGCGGGGCCGCUACAUGCUGAUUCGCUAUGAGGACAUUGCCCGGUCCCCCCUCCAAAAGGCCAAAGAAAUGUACAAGUUUGCAGAUAUCAGCAUCACACCACAGGUGGAGGAGUGGAUAUUGAAGAACACGCAGGCACCUCAGGACAGCAGUGGCAUCUACUCCACCCAGAAAAACUCCUCAGAACAGUUUGAGAAGUGGCGCUUCAGCAUCCCAUUCAAGUUGGCCCAGGUGGUGCAGAAUGUCUGUGGCCCAGCCAUGAGUCUGUUUGGCUACAAAGUAGCCAGCAAUCCUGAGACCCUGACAAACCGAUCCAUCAGCUUGUUAGAGGAAAGGAGGACCUUCUGGAUCACGUUCUCUAGGUGUGCACUUCUUCCCAUUCUUCCCUGCAUUUCAUGAGAAAUGGGCCAGGCCCAGGUGCUGAUAGAAAGUUCCACUUGCCACCUGCCUGUUGUGCCCUCCUGAACCCAGCUUCCUUGCUCAUGCCUCAUAACCUCCAGUUAACAGACUGGCUGUGAGAGCUUUGUUUCAGGGGGAAGACCCCGUCGCUGAAGAGGUGUGGAGGAAGAGGAGCAGGCAGCAGGAUCUGAAUGGAACCUUUUAUUUGCUGCUGUACUGCGCGUCAUCACCAUGGGCCAGGGAGAAAGGCUCUCAGCUACUGUCAGGGCUCCAGGACUCUUGAAGAUGAGCAGCUUCAUUAUUUCAGCUCUUUCUUCCUCUUCUCAAUUGUCUGUUGAUUUUCAACUCAAAGACAGGAAUCUCAGGUGUUCACCCCUCUUAAUGGCUGAUACUGUGCUGCCCAGAACAGCUGUUCUUUUUGUUUAAAAUCAAAAUACCCACAUCCAGGAUUUGAAGCAGACCUUGUAACUUUAACUGCAGGGGUUCUCCCCACUGAGGAAAAUCUAAGGGGAAAGGAGGCGAGGUGGAGCAAACACAGCACAAGGCAGACUUUAAAGGAAAAGGCACUGGCUUAGCUUCAUUGGGCAGCAGGAAAUGUGCAGCUGAGGGAGUCAAACAUCCUCUUGUUUAUUUUUUUGGAUGGGGAGAAUUCUGCACUACUAGCUGGGAGUUUUUGGAAAAAUAAACUUGCAGCUAUGCCACUAUACAUGCAUUUUAUUACUGGCCCCAUGUUGAGGUUCUAACUUAAAGGCUCACCUAACUCUGCAGCAGUGCUGUGACAGGCUUUUCUAACUGGCUGUGCCCACUGUGGUCGGCUUGCCAGUGGAAGCUCUCGACAGACCUGUCCCCUGAAGAGAAUAGUCAGUGCUCCGGUCUGAAUCAGCCUUGCAGAUUCACAGAAAUGAAUGUGAACCUUGUGACCCGAUAGAAGAUGGCUGACUUGUCUUAUUUAAUUAAAAAAAAAUCACCAUGGAAGAGAAUCCAAAACAUUGCCUGUCUCUCUAAUGUUUAUUCCCUUGUUAUUUUUGGCAGUGAGAAAAAUGUAGGUAUUAAACAGCAGCAGGUAUAACAGGUAAGAUGGUGUAAAAUGCAUUCCUCCCCCUGGCCCCCCAAGCAAAGACUUGCUUUCUUUGUGGAUCAGCAACAAGGGUUCAGAGAACUAAGAAAGUAGGAGAGACUCAGGAAAAUAACACCUGGAAAUGACAACAAGAAAUCCAGCAGCAGAUAGUGUGCACAAGAGCAAGUCUCCAGUUUAAUGGGUGUUCUCCUUGUGGGGGACUGAGCACUCAGGACUCCCAUUCAUUCAUACAGAAAUUACAAGUGCUUAUUUCCCUCAGAACCAAUCCUCUAACAUGCCAUUCACCUGCUGUGUCAAACGUUGGUUAUAGAGUUGUGUGCAAAAGGGCUGGUUCUGCUAAAAUGCAUAGGUGGACUGAAACCAGAGAGAAAAAUGUUGGUUUCAAAUCCAUCAGAACACAGGAGGAAAGGCUAACCAGAUGCCCAGAGGAAAAGAACAGGCUAAAGAGAAAACUGGAAAUGACCUGCAGGUCUCUAACAGGGCUUUAUUCCCAUGCCCUGGAGGUUUAUGCCUCAAUGUAGCAGUCAACCACUCUUACACACCCCUACUUCAGUGGCAAGGGGAAUCAGUAGCAGGAGUGGCAGCAGUGGCUGAAGUAGGGGACACAGGAGCAACUCGAGGGCACCAGUGAUUGCUGCCAUGAUUUCCGUGUGCCCCCUUGGAAUCCUUUGUACUUCCACCAAGCAGCCAUCCCCCACAGUGUGCGAAAUGUUGCCACAGAGAAUUAUAAACCUACUGAACUGCACUCUAAUUCCCUUCGCCUACCCUAGUCUGGCACCAGUAAUGGCAAGGCAGGUGGGACUCACCAUAAGCUAGGGAGAGUUGUAGUCAGAAGGCAACUAGUUGCUAUGCUGAGGACAUGAAACUGGUAGGAAGGAGCUGACCGGUGGUUAGGUCUUGCUUUGCUUGGGACUCCACAUACUUGGAGAACUGGCAUAGGAAGACUGAGGUAAAACAUGUCAUGAAAUUAUGCCAAAGGCUUCAAUCCUUUAGCUUUUAAUUUUAAUUUCAGUUUCAGAAGUGUCCUGCCCAAGAGUCUACUCAGAUGCCCAGAGCUCCUUUACUGCCAAAAUCUCAGGACUAAGACAGUGACCACAUGGCAACAGGUAGAGAUCUCCGUGCAUACUAGCUCCAGAACACUUCUCACUACAGCUGUGUUAGGUUAAGCUAUGUUUGGGCUAAUCAGCUUUGUGUAAAGUAGGGCCUAUAAGCCCACGUACAGUGCUAUUCUAGCAUAGCCCACUUAAUUCAAAUUAUGGAGCUAGUGUGUGCAAAGGCAGCCUAAGUAUCACCACAAAUUUUAGCAUCUAGGAUUAAUACUAUUUCCAGGUAUCUCAGCAUAGCAGAGCCUGGCUCUACGUAGGCUCUUGAUACAUGAGCUAGCACUUUUGUAGCUCUGCAGAACACUGAAUGCCCAUAGAUAGUGGCUACCAACCAUUUUAGACUCAAGACAGUCCCUGCUAGACUCAAGGUACACUUCAGAAAAUGCCAGCUCUUCGUUUUCACUUAUAGUUUGACUAGAAAAAAUAAAAGCAAUUCUUCUGUUGCAAAGAACUCAGAAAGACCACAGCAGAGCAGAAUGUUUUUGACACUGGAUUCCUAUUUGAAAUCUCUGGGAUAAUCUUGUGAGUUGUGUAGGUGUUCAUACAUCUAACUGUGCUAAUAUUGAAAAGCCCUUAAAACAGAGUUUUCCAAACUGUGUGCCGCGACACAUUAGUGUGUCGGCGGCAGUGUGUAGGUGUGUCGCGCGAAAUGCAGAAAAUUUUGCGGAAGGGCACCGCGGAGCUCCCUUACUCGCGUCUGCAUCCCUUGGCCCCUCCCCUGGGACUGAAUUACUGUGUCGCGAAAUGAUGCAUAUCUAAAAAGUGUGUCACCAACAUGAAAAGUUUGGAAAGCUCUGCCUUAAAAGGAUCUCACAGUGCCCCAGCUGAGAAUCAUUGCCCUAAUGUGUUGUCUCUCUAGCUGGUCUCCAUGCUGCUUGACAAAAUAAACUUGGGGGCCUGGGACCUCAGAUUUAGGAUCCUUCAGCUGCAAAUUUCUCAACAUAAAAAAGUAAAUUGGGGUUCAGUAAUAAUUGCACUGGGAGCUCAUCCCCAGAGCACUUCACCAUAGCAAACACUAUUCCAGCCAGAUCCUGGGCUACAGCAUAGCCUCUUUGUACUAUUCCAUUUAUAAAGGAGGCCUUCAACAUAGCUCUAUGGCCCCUUUCCACAAAUCGGGCAGUUAAGCAUUUCCCAGGCAUGGGGGAAUCCCUGACUGGCACAGAGCCAAAGUAACCAGGUCUGAGUCACUACCUGCAACCUCUCACCAUAGGGGAGUGAGGAGGGAAGGUGGGAGCUUUUGUGAGCGUUCUAGAUGUCUUCAGCACAGCCCAUAGGGGCCCACUGCAACUGGGAAGAUUUAAAGCAACCAACUUCUUAGAAGCAAAACCUGGGACACAGGCCUACACACUCCACAACUUUCUAGAACCAGCCAUGCUCUACAUCCCUUCUGAUUAAUGCCACCACCCUAGUGCAGCAUGCAGGAUAGGUAAUUCACUGCUAUAAUGUAGAGCUAUUUAACCAGAACAGCAUUGUGUGAAAGCAGCUGUGCUACACUAUGAUUUAGGAGAUAGCCUGUAGCUAAUUAGGGACUAAUUUCCAGCCCCCCCCAAACUUAGGAUAAAAGUCCCAUUUCAGGGACUCUGGGGACCCCACACAUCCCCAGAAUUCUGGAUUGUCCCAGCAAAUUCAGGAUGGCUAAUCAUUUUAUAUGGAUUUAAACUAUGGUUGGAAUUUAACUUUUGAAAACUGCCUUGGCUACCUUUUCCACAGCUGUGCUGAGUGGAGGUCUCAUGGCUGCUUAUUUGGGCCCUGAGUUUACCAAAUCAGUAUCUUCCUUGGGUGUCUCAAGCAGAGAAAAAUCACACAGCAAGGGCAGGUGGAGACCCCUCUACAACAUGACUGCACUCUGCUGGUCACCUGAACAGGCACUUAAAUGAGCUAUGGAUAUCUCCUAAACAUUUUGAAAAGGCACAAAAUCCUGUAAUUGUUCUAAAGGGCUCUCAAAUACCCGUUCUCCCCUUGCCUCCCCUGCAGCCAUGCCCAGAUGUGUCUAUGAAUUCUGCACUAACCCUUCACUGAGGGAAGUAGGGUCUCUGAAGAGCUCAAUCUCAUGGAAGUGAUUAUAUUUUAAGAAUUCUAUUUAAUUGCUUGAAGUGUAUAACAUUUUCUAAUGUCCAAAGCUGCUUAAAAUGUAUGGGCUUUAACCUUUUUCUACAAAAUUUAAAUGGUGGAGAACUUUUAUGUAAGAAAGGUCAAUAUGGUCUGCAGAUCUACUGGAACAAUCCCAUUUCUGAGUGAAAGUAGACUGAUUUUUCAGUCAAAAACCCAGCAGAAGUGGGCUGAGUUUUUGAGAAAGGGUGAUUUUGCAUGGAAAAUGAGAAAAUUCAAGCCAUCAGAUAUUUCCAAUGUUUAAAAAACAUUUUAGAAAAAACUGAGCAAAAAAAGAAGAGAAAGUGAAAAUAGUAAAGAUAUUUGUGCCAAAUUCUGUGAAGUAAUAUUUGUGAAUAUCAUACAAAUCCCUGAAUAAACUUGUAUUUGAGCAGAGCAUAGGCUCAAGCAUAGCUAGACAGAGGCUACAAAUAAUAAACUGAUCCCCUGGAGGUGCAAUCAUUUAAUAGCUAGUAAAAAAACUUGCUAAAUGCAACCCUGCAGUUUAUUGCAAAAACAGGCAGGUAGUAAAAGCUCAGCAGGACAGGGUUUACCCAAACAAUCAGAGCUGAGUGAGGAAGGACUAGUAGGAAGGAACAGGAAUGGGUCUCUUUAUUGGGACAGCUGAAUCAGGAAUGGCUAUGAAGUACUGCACUCAGAAGAAAAGGAAGGUACGGCUUUGCUAGCACUGCUUUCAGAUGCAUAUAUGCACAUUUGUGUCUAAUGUAUGCAGUACCUACCUGUAUGUGUCUAUGAAUACUUGAAUAAAAGUAAGCAGAUGUAUAUCAGCAUGUCCGCAAACAUACAUAUCCAUGAAUGGGUGCAUAUGCACACACAAGAUAUCAUUGGUAUAUCUGUAUAUGUGUGCAUAAUGGGUACAUCGUGGGCGCUGGCAAAAGAAACGGGGAC